AUGCACGACGUCGAGGGAAGAGGGGAGUGCUUUUUCUCCCACGGAUCGACGGACAGCGCUGGCGGCCGGGGUGGCGUCUUGUCUCUCCAGAAAGCAAGCGAAGAGCUAGAGAGAGAUAGAGAGGGAGAGAGAAAGAGAAAGAGAGAGCGAGUGAGAGAGGACAGCAUAGACAGAGACAGAGAGAGAGAGAGAGACAUCGCGUUCAGCGAGCAGCCAGGCCAGCGAACAGCCAGCGUGUCUGCAGAGGGUGCAGCCGCUGGGCUCUUCGUAUUCAGCUCUGCUCGCCCUCAAAGGGAGGCCGCAGACCCGCCAUCUAUCUGCCUCCUCCCUCACGACAGAUGCAAGUCAUCAUCACUCAACAGCUUGACCCCCUCUCCACACCACCAGCAGCAACGCUUCAACUCCAACCUCCAACGAGACCCUGAUCGGAGAAAGGAUUAUCUCUCUUUUUUUCCCCCUUCAGUUUUCUUUUUCUUCACCUUGCGCCCUAAAGCGAAGGAGCCGGAUACUUUAUAUACCCUGGUUGCUUUGUUCAGCCCUGAUAGUGGGCACGCCCCAGACACAAUCGCAAUGGCCAUGUUUUCUGUUCCAUCUUCAAACCGCAGCUUUGACAUUCUCUCUACAAUGUCGUUCCAAGAUGUACCGCAUGCGCCGUUUCCUACUACUGGACUUUCAGCCGAGGAUAAUCCCUUGCUGAUGGGUGGUUUGAUGAUGUACCCAAAUUACGACGAGCCAGGGAGAAAACUGCUUGUCGGGGACAGUAAAGACAAGGAAAAUGCCACUGGCACUGGUCGGCAGAAGCAGAAAAGUGUGUCAACAAGGGUAAAUAUACACAAGAAAGGUGGGAGGGAGACUGGCGCCGCGUCAAUGUCAAACGAGACCAAGAAACGUGGACGUCCAAGGGUAGACUGUCCCGAUAGAACGGCUGCCGAACGCCGUCGGACUCAAAUAAGGCUUGCUCAACGUGCAUACAGAAUGCGAAAGGAAACCGCAAUCUCAUCUCUAACCCAGCGUGUUACAGAGCUAGAAGCAAACAUGCAAGAGAUGAGGGAAGCAUUCCUAGCUUUCAACGACGAAGCUGUGAGAAGCGGUGCUCUAUCGGCAUAUCCAAGGCUGGCACAACAGUUGGAAAGGACGACAAGACGGGUCAUGUCCUUGACCCCCGAGGUCUCAGAGGGUGGUAAGAGUCCUACAAGUGACUUGGACGAGUUACCAGUGCCGACGACCGCUGCAGAAAACGCCGGCCGUGUUGUUUUGAAUAAUCCCACAGACACUUAUGCCAGUGAUGAAUCGUGCCAGAACGUUCCUGACAAAUUGGGGUAUUUCAACACCGAACCCUUGCCAUUGAAGGACGACAAUAACCUCUUGUAUAUGAAUACUAUCCCUACCGAUACUACCCAGUUUUAUGGCCCCACGACAAAUGAUGCUAUAACCUCUAUCAACAUCCCUCCAGUCAGCAUUCCUGCUUUCGAAGGAACUGGAUUGUCCAAUUGCCCUAUCCCUUCUCCUUGCUCUAGUGGUGGAUACCUUUUCAGUCGCGACCUACCAAUUACGUAUAGCCAUCAAGAGUCCAGCUUUGCUCGUCGCCUCCACCGCCGCUCACUCGAAUAUGGCUACACUCUACUGACAAACCCUGGUACACGACCGGAGCGCUUGACCCACAAAUUCAGGCUCACAUUCUACCUUACUAUGAGAAGCCAUCUACAUAACUCGUUCACCACCUUGCUACAAAGAACUGCAAACGAGCCACUGGAGUUCAUAGAAAAACCACACUUCUGUCUUGGGGGUGCAGGAAUGCAUUAUCCUCGAAGAGAUGGUCUUGGAAAUAAUAUGUUUCCUCCGAAUAUGCAAUCCCUGGACCGUGUCCUUGGAACGCUCCUCUCUCAGGUGGGGGAGAGUGAGAAGUUCAGUACCGUGCAAGAAUUUAUUGAGAAAAUGGGACUCGGGGGCACUUGGUUUGAUUGCCACGAUGUGGAAGGGUAUCUGAAAACAAAAGGCAUCCACCUGGGCAGUCUUUCUACCUUCAUCGAAAUUCCCAUCUCCCUCGUUGCGAAUUCUCGCAAGCUCCUAGCUUCUAAUAAACUCACCCAUCCCCCUCGCUCACAACCAAAUGCCCAAGAUGCAACUUCGUCCAUCGAAGCCUCAUACCCGCCUUUGAAACACCGCGGCGAUUAUCUCAGUCCCAGUAGCAGCUCGUCCAAUAUGCGAUCACUGGGGCUUGAUUCUCAGUUCCUACCUCCAACACCCACUAUCGACCAAACUGUAAAUAUCAGCACUGUAACUCACAGACCACGAACUGUGAUUUUGGAUGUUGAGAAAUUUACCACUCGUGAGUUGAAUAGAUAUUUGCUAUCUUCACCUGAUCUUAUUUUCACUCUAUUCCGUGUGUUCACGUAG